UUGUAUUCCCUCAGGAACGUCAAUUUGGGUUACAGAUUCAUAUUAUCACAGUGGUCGUAUCUGCGCUCGGCCUCAUCGCGCUUCCGGCUGUUCGAAAAGCUCGACGAGAAUAUGGAGGAGAUCGCCAACGGAUCUUCCGGUGGGUUGUGGAAUAUGGAGCAAGUCGACAGCGUCCAGGGGAAAGGUGCAGACAUCAUCACAUUGCUGUGUGUGGUUCGACAGUGCAAACUGAAUGUGCGCACUCACGUUCUUCGAAUGAGUUCGAGGAACAAAUGUUUUUCGCGAUCCGCACCAGAUAACACUUUAGUCGGGUAUGUUUCUGUCCACUCUCAUACCUGGAGCAUAAAACAAGUAUCCGCUCAGUUUUCCAACUGUGGAUGCAUGUGGCGUACUUGCAUGGACGAUGUACACCUACUAGUGAGCAUUGUGUGUCUCGCAGGUCCUCCUCUUGUUAUCCCAUUGCUGGGAUCCUAUCUGUGGCUGUCAGUGGACAUGAUGACGGCUUGAGACGCGUCUCGUAAAUGUCGCGUGUUGCAGAGUAAGUAUGCAACCAAAGAGGUUGCAGAACGACUGUGACGUUCCGCGGUUUU